AUGCGCCACAUCAAUAAAGUUCUUCUUGCAACAGCUAGCUUGCGUCUUGAAAGCUCGUCUGCAAGCAAGCCACGUGCAAUUAGUUUUAUAUCCGGCGUGGGCGAAGAGCAAGUGGAUUUUGAGCCAGCCGUAUCCUUGGAGGGCAAAGUAGAAUUUUACAUGCACACGAUUCUCACUGCUCAGCGAGACACAUUACAAAAGAACCUUGAGAGAUCCCAAAAACGUUACCCUCUGAGACCAAGAGCAGAGUGGUUACUGGAAUCAAAUCCAGCUGGUUACUCACUAGAUCCGGCACAGAUUGCAAUAUUGGUUGCAAGUAUUCAAUCGGUCAUGGUAAUCGAAGGAGCCAUGGACAAUAAUACACUUGUACUAUACUCUGAUCGACAGAAGCAAGAUCUCAUCGAUCUAGUCAGGCUGACACAAACAAACCUGAAGGGUAGCGAGCGACAACGCGUGAUGUGCCUAAUUACAAUGGAUGCACACACGCGCGACAUACUUGGUAAAUUAAUCAAAGAAGUCUCCGUUGACAAAAAU